AUGACACGUCUUAUUACCCAAUCAGAAAUAGGCUGUGACGAUCUCGUGAUCAUCAAAACCGUUUCUUUCUCCGGCGUAACCAUGACAACUUCAAAGAGACUAGCAGACAGGAAGAUAGAGAAGUUUGACAAGAACAUUACUAAAAGAGGUUUCGUCCCUGAGACCACCACCAAGAAGGGCAAGGAUUACCCUGUUGGUCCCAUCCUCCUCGGUUUCUUUGUCUUUGUUGUCAUUGGCUCAUCUCUCUUCCAGAUCAUCAGGACUGCAACUAGCGGAGGCAUGGCUUAA